AAACAGUAUUUGAUGCCUAGUUAAUAAUUUGCAUCCUCUUCAUUUGUUCCUGAAUCCUUGGAGACUGACAUUUUUCCCCCCUAAAGGCAUAGACAACAAAAGAAAUUUUAUUGAGAGCAAAACACAAGUCCUUAAACUACAAAGAUGUUUGCCAGGACGUCUGAUCUCCAUGUUCUACUGUUAAUGGCUCUGGUGGGAAAGACAGCCUGUGGGUUCUCCCUGAUGUCUUUAUUGGAAAGCCUGGACCCAGACUGGACCCCUGACCAGUAUGACUACAGCUACGAGGAUUAUAAUCCGGAAGAGAAUACCAGUAGCACACUUACCCAGCCUGAGAAUCCUGACUGGUACUACACUGAGGACCAAGCCGAUCCGUGCCAGCCCAACCCCUGUGAACACGGUGGGGACUGCCUUGUUCACGGGAGGACCUUCACGUGCAGCUGCCUGGCCCCUUUCUCUGGGAAUAAGUGUCAGAAAGUGCAAAACACGUGCAAGGACAACCCAUGUGGCCGGGGCCAAUGUCUCAUUACCCAGAGUCCUCCCUACUACCGCUGUGUCUGCAAACACCCUUACACAGGCCCCAGCUGCUCCCAAGUGGUUCCUGUGUGCAGGCCAAACCCCUGCCAGAAUAGUGGUACCUGCUCCCGGCAUAAGCGGAGAUCCAAGUUCACCUGUGCCUGUCCUGACCAGUUCAAGGGGAAAUUCUGUGAAAUAGGUUCUGAUGACUGCUAUGUUGGCGAUGGCUACUCUUACCGAGGGAAAAUGAAUAGGACAGUCAACCAGCAUGCGUGCCUUUACUGGAACUCCCACCUCCUCUUGCAGGAGAGUUACAACAUGUUUAUGGAGGAUGCUGAAACCCAUGGGAUUGGGGAGCACAAUUUCUGCAGAAACCCAGACGCGGACGAAAAGCCCUGGUGCUUUAUUAAAGUUAGCAAUGACAAGGUGAAAUGGGAAUACUGUGAUGUCUCAGCCUGCGCAGCCCAAGACAUUGCCUACCCAGAGGAAAUCCCCACUGAGCCAUCAACCAAGCUUCUGGGGUUUGACUCCUGCGGAAAGACUGAGAUAGCAGAGAGGAAGAUCAAGAAAAUCUAUGGAGGCUUUAAGAGCACGGCGGGCAAACACCCAUGGCAGGCGUCCCUCCAGUCCUCGCUGCCUCUGACCGUGUCCAUGCCCCAGGGCCACUUCUGUGGAGGGGCGCUGAUCCACCCCUGCUGGGUGCUCACUGCUGCCCACUGCACCGACAUAAAAACGAGACAUCUAAAGGUAGUGCUAGGGGACCAGGACCUGAAGAAAGAAGAAUUUCACGAGCAGAUCUUUAGAGUGGAGAAGAUAUUCAAGUACACCCACUACAAUGAAAGAGAUGAGAUUCCCCACAAUGAUAUUGCAUUGCUCAAGUUAAAGCCGGUGGAUGGUCACUGUGCUCUGGAAUCCAAAUAUGUGAAGACCGUGUGCUUGCCUGAUGGGUCCUUUCCCUCUGGGAGUGAGUGCCACAUCUCUGGCUGGGGUGUUACAGAAACAGGAAAAGGGUCCCGCCAGCUCCUGGAUGCCAAAGUCAAGCUGAUCUCCAACACUUUGUGCAACUCCCGGCAACUCUAUGAUCACAUGAUUGAUGACAGUAUGAUCUGUGCGGGAAACCUUCAGAAACCUGGGCAAGACACCUGCCAGGGUGACUCUGGAGGCCCCCUGACUUGUGAGAAGGAUGGCACCUACUACGUCUAUGGGAUAGUGAGCUGGGGCCUGGGGUGUGGGACGAGGCCAGGGGUCUACACCCAAGUUACCAAAUUCCUGAAUUGGAUCAAAGCCACCAUCAAAAGUGAAAGUGACUUCUAAGGUACUGUCUUCUGGACCUCAGAGCCCACUCUCCUUGGCACCCUGACACCAGGAGGCCUCACGGCCAACAAUGGACACCCCCAGAACCUCCAGGGGACCACGCAGUGGACUGUCCCUACUCUAAGCAGAGACAGCUGCCACCCAGCCUGGGCCUUCCCAGACCAACAUUUGCACAAUGUCACCAGGCUUCU